AUGGCCAGAGUUACCAGCCUCAAGGUGGCAGUUCCUACGGCCAGGGUUUCCAAGGCAGCCAGUCCUAUGGCCAGGGCUACCAGCCUCAAGGUGGCACUUCCUAUGGCCAGAGUUACCAGCCUCAAGGUGGCAGUUCUUACGGCCAGGGUGGGCCAAGUUCCUCAGGGAGCAGCGGUGGCUCUUAUGGCCAGGGUUUCCAAGGCAGCCAGUCCUAUGGCCAGGGCUACCAGCCUCAAGGUGGCACUUCCUAUGGCCAGCAGAGUGGAUAUCCUUCUUCAGGUGGUAGCAAUGGUUGUGGACAGGGUACUUCAUAUGAUAGCAAUCCCUGCCACCAGGGUGGCUCAUACUCACAAAACUACAUUGAGUGGCUCAUCAUCCUCACAAAACUAUGGUGGCAACCAGGGUGGAUCCUAUUCACAGAACUAUGGAGGUGGCCAAGGUGGAUCAUCCUCUUCAGACAGCUAUGGUGAUAAUCAGGAUUCACAGGAUUCUUCAGAUGAUAAUCCCAACGCUUGUGAUGAUAAUGACACAACAUAUAGUGCUAAUGGUCAAAGUUCUGGUUGUUCAAACAGGAAGGUGGUUGUUGCACGUGAUACAUCGCAUGUCUUGAGCAGAAGAGAUUAUGAUGUACAGAAUGAAUCUUCUACUUCAUACAGCAACCACACCAACCUCCAGGGUGGAUCAUUUAUUGCAGCUGGUGGUGGAUCAAGUAGCCAGGGUGGUUGCAUUUGUCCUGAUGGAAGCAGUGGUAUUAGACAGGGUGGAUCUGUGUAUGGUGGCAACAGUGGAUCUUAUGGUCAGGGCUCCCCAGGUUCUUCAUACAGCACGUACUCUAGUAACCAGGGAGGACCCUCCUCCUACCCUGGUGGAUCUUAUGGACAGGGAGCACCAGGUUCUUCACACAGCACUUACUCUGGUAACCAGGGAGGACCUUCCUUCUAUCCUGCUGGAUCUUAUGGACAGGGCUCCCCAGGUUCUUCAUACAGCACGUACUCUAGUAACCAGGGAGGACCCUCCUCCUACCCUGGUGGAUCUUAUGGACAGGGAGCACCAGGUUCUUCACACAGCACUUACUCUGGUAACCAGGGAGGACCUUCCUUCUAUCCUGGUGGAUCUUAUGGACAGGGCUCCCCAGGUUCUUCAUACAGCACGUACUCUAGUAACCAGGGAGGACCCUCCUCCUACCCUGGUGGAUCUUAUGGACAGGGAGCACCAGGUUCUUCACACAGCACUUACUCUGGUAACCAGGGAGGACCUUCCUUCUAUCCUGCUGGAUCUUAUGGACAGGGAGGGUCUUCUGUCUAUGACCGCAGCAGCGAAUCCUAUGGUCAGGAUGGAUCUUCCACAUACAGUAGUGGUGGACCUUAUGGUCAGGAUUCCCCCUCACCCUCGCCGUCUGGCAGCCAGCAUAGUGGAGCGGAUUUUUAUUCACCAGGAGGUGGCCAAUCAGGUGGACAUGGAUCAUCUUCUCAAGGUGGUAGUUACUCCAGUCGACAGGACUCAUCUUCAUCAGGAAGCAGCCAGUAUGGUGGGCAGGGUUCACCUUCCUCAGGAGGCAGCCAAUCUGGUGGACAGAGUGGAUGUGAUUGUUCAGGGGGGAGCUCUGGUGGAUCCCCUACCUUAACUAGAAGUGAUUCCUCUGCAAAUGGUUCAUCUUCAUCUGGAGGCAGCCAGUACAAUAGCCAAGAUUCCCCCUCACCCUCGCCGUCUGGCAGCCAGCAUAGUGGAGCGGGUUCCUAUUCCUCUGGAGCUAGACAGUAUGGAGAACGUGUAUCAUCAUCCUAUGGAGGCAGCAGUUACAGUGGACAAGGGUCAUCCUCUUCAGGAGGAAGCCAGCAUGGUGGGCAGGGUUCACAUUUCUCAGGAGGCAGCCAGUAUGGUGGACAGGGUCCAUACUUCUCAGGUGGCAGCCAUUAUGGAGGACCGGGUAUGACUUCUUCAGGAAGCAACCAGUAUAGUGGACAGGGCUUUUCUUCAGGAGGCAGCCAAUCUGGUGGACAGGAUGGAUGUCUGUGUCCUGAUGGAAGUUUAGGCUCUUCUGGAGGAGGCAGCUACCAUGGUGGACAGGGUUCAUCUUAUUCUGGAGGCAGUCAGUAUGCUGGACAGGGCUCAUCUUCUGGAGGCCGACCACAUGGUAAACCAGGUUCAUCUUCCUCAGGAGGCAGACAUCAAGGAAAGCCAGGCUCUUUUACUUCAGGGAACACUUAUUCUGGUAAACAGAAUUCGUCUUCCUCAGGGGGCAGCCAAGUGAGCUCUGCUGGGAAACACUCCAGUCCUGGACUCCUGCUGCUAUUGAGUGUUUUGAGUGCCUUUGCUGCCUCUGCUGCUAUAUCAAAGUGGUCUAUAUGAACUUCUGAAGAUGUGUUUGGCAUC